AUGAAGCUUGCACUAGAGAAGCUUUACUUCGGUCUAGCUGGCGCCGCGCUCAAGCGCAAACCCAUCAGUCCACUUUACGGGGAGAGGAGCUUAAGUGACUUAGAGGAGCCCACAGCCGCACACUGGUUGAUCACAGAGCUGUGUGCUGACUCCACGCUUUACAAUCUAGGCCAGAACGUGAAGGCUGCCUUACCCGAAUCCGGAGAGAGCGAUGACGGCGAGGAGUCUGAAUGA